UUUGAAGUAGUGCUUUUUUGAAAUCUUGUUAGUUGUUGUGCUUUCAAAAUCAAAAUCGCGUUCUGCUAUUGAAAUCCAAAUCGCUUUUUUCAAAAUCGCGUUGUGCUUUUUCCAAAAUUGCAUCGUUUUUUUUCGAAAUCCUGUUGGCUGUUGUGCUUUCCUAACAAAAAUAGACUAUGCAGUAUGCACACUGUUUGUCUAGUUUUUAAUUAAAUUUUAAAAAUUACAAUAUUGUUGCCAAAUAUUAAAUAUGCAUUGCAUAAUAUGCAAUUUUCCUUACUUGCAAAUUGCAAUUAUUGCAAACGUCAAAAAUCAAAAAUAGAAAUAUUAAUUAAUUAUAAUUAUGUAUAAAUUUUUUUAAUUUUUUCAAAAAAAAAUUAAUAAUGCCAAUGCCUGCGAAAUCACGAUAGGCAACUCAUCAUACAUCCUACAUCAAAACAAACACUCCAUCCGCGAUCCAGUUACCACGCAUACAUCAUGGCCAAUAGGUUAUCUAUGGAAUUAUCAGAAUGUAAAAUUUUCACUGGUGAAAUCUGUACAAUUUUCAUUGUUUUCUUUGGCGUUUCUAAUUAUUUUAUCGACUAAAAUCGCGUAAAUAUUAUAUUUUCGAUUCGAUUAAUGUUUCAGCCAAGAUGUUAAUGCGUUCGGUAUUCAGAUCCGGUAUCUUCGAGUGAGAUUGACUAUCCUGUUAGACGAAUAAUUUCAUCUGUAGCGCUAUUAUAUUGGGAUCGGACCGACUGUGUCGAUAGCAUGCGUUGAUAAAUCCGUAUUAAAAGGUCGAAUACAUGCUGGUAAUUAAAUUAUUAUUAUCAAUUAUGUACCAAAAAGAGGAAAUAGCCGACAGCCUGUGUUAUGGCAGAAGAUUCGCGACCUUGCAACCAGCCCAAACAGUAUGAUUAUCUGUUGAAGUUUCUACUCGUAGGUGAUAGCGAUGUAGGUAAACAAGAAAUAUUGAGCGGAUUAGAAGACGGAUCGUCAGAGUCACCAUUUUGUGGCGGAUGUGCGUACAAAAUUACCACUAUUUUACUGGACGGUAGAAGAGUCAAGCUGCAGUUAUGGGAUGCAUCGGGACAAGGAAGAUUUUGCACCAUUAUUCGAUCGUAUUCGAGAGGAGCUCAAGGUGUUUUGAUCGUAUACGAUAUUACCAAUAAAUGGUCUUUCGACGGAGUCGAUCGAUGGUUGAAAGAAGUCGAAGAUCAUGCACCCGGAGUACCGAAAGUAUUAAUCGGAAAUAGAUUACAUUUAGAGUUCAAUCGACAAGUAAGCACUAGAGAAGCGGAAGCGUACGCGUUCAAGAAUCAAAUGGCUUUCUUCGAAGUAAGCUCGUUGGUUAACUUCAACAUUCGCGAAAGUUACUGCGAAUUGUCGCGCAGAGUUUUGCACAGAAACGGAACGAAGUCUAAUAGAGUUCUCAGUUUACAAGAACUAUGCUGUAAGACGAUAGUUUCCAGGACGACUACUGCUUACGGUAUAAAUCAGCUACCGUUACCGGAAUUAAUCAAGUCUCACCUGAGAUCGUACGCUCUUAGCAGUCUAUCGCCAUUAUCGUUGACCCUGUCGCGAAAUACCAACAGCAAGAAACACGCCAAACACUGCUCCAGCGGGCAACUGCGUAUUUCUCAUCAUCCAUCUUCGCCUCAAAGUGAAAGUGUACCCUCGGAGACUCAUUGCGGCGGAAGAAACUCCUGUCGGAUAUCUUGAUCACGAUUGUGAUGUAUUCGCGAGUUAAAACCAUUUCAUAAGCUGUAAUUUUUUUUUUUUUACGAUUUUCAGACGAUUGUGAUUUUUACAACGUUGCCAGUUUAACGAGGCAGCUGCUAUUAAUUAAUACUUUUUCUUAGAUGGAGCAAUUUGAAUAUCGAAAAUGUGUUCUGAAUUUUAGUUUUUCUCUGAUUCGAUCUCAUGUAUUGUUUUUUUUUCUUUUUUUGGAUUUUAUAAACGUAGAAUCAGCGCUAAAGCUCUCGGACUGGUUUUUAAUAUUGUUUGUUAUGUUCUUUUUUUCAUUUUCGUAGCGUGUUAACAAAUGACAAUCAAAAUUAUGUUGUAAAUAUGAUCCUCUGUUUUGCCUGUUUUUAAUGAUUUUUUCCAUAGGAUUAGAGAGAGACGAUUCGUAUUUGUGACGUCAUUUUGCUGUUUCAUUUAUUCAUUAUUAUUUGAUAUUUCGAAAUGUUUUUUUCCCCUCCCCAUCUUUUUUUUAUAAGAAUUUUGUGUAUGUUGAGUUGUUCUUCUAUUAUCCCUCCUUGCUCCUUGCUCAAUUUCAAUUUUUUAUAAGUGUUCCUCGUAAUACAUUUACCGUCAAAACUGCGGGUUUCCCAUCCCUUCCAUCCUCAUUCGUGUGCAGCAAUAAUUAACAUAUAGUUUUUAAAUUCAGUUUUUCAACUGGCGUUUGUGUUUCGGAUUGCUCGUUGAAAUAGGUGUCCUGGUUUUAUACAUGUUGGUAUUUUUUUUUUCUAUUUAUAUAUAAUAUUUUUCUCCCUCUUGUAAAGUAUUUUUUUUCUCUUCUUUUUAUAACGCGGAUACGUUUUGUAUCUAUUACAUUUAUAUAGUAAGCUUGAACGAUUUUUAAUAUUCUAGUCUUAUAAAAUUGUGAUUGUAAAUUUUAUACGAAGUACAUGAAAUUUUGGGUGAA